AUGGAUGACCGAACUUCCCCCCCAGCAAGCCCCUUCACCCCCCUGGCAGACGAUGACUCUCGCCCAGCCUCACCGGAGGUCCCCCUCACAAUGACAGCCUCUACUCUCCUUGCAGACCUUCCCCGUGACGCCACAGCGGCUCUAGCGAGCGUAGGAGGGUUCCAGAAGGACAAGGUGAUUGUGCGAUUCAAGCCCGUGGGAUCUGCACCCAGCCUGCAGCAGGAUGUGUGCAAGAUCACGUCAACGAGGAAGUUUGAGGAGGUGGUGCGAUUUCUCCGGAAAAAGCUAAGGUGCAAGGACACCGACAGUGUAUUUCUCUACAUCAACUCUGCCUUUGCGCCUAGCUUGGACGAGGUUGUCGGGAAUUUGCAUCAGUGCUUCAAAGACGCCCAGGGCCAACUUAUUGUCGCCUACUCUAUCACGCCAGCAUUUGGUUAA